AUGUAUCUGAAUGAAUCUGUCUUCUCACUGGUCUUGACUUUGCACUCUUUGGAACUGCCUGAGACGAACAUUUACCCUGCACUGAUAUUUGGAGUAGUAACAUACUUGUUUAUCUUACUCUGCAAUCUAACAAUUAUUAUUACAAUUUGCUUGAACAGGAAUCUUCACAAACCAAUGUACAUAUUGUUGCUUAACCUGCCUAUCAAUGAUGCAAUGGGUGCUACAAGCCUUUUUCCUCAGCUGCUGUAUAGUAUAUGGUCUCAGGACAGAUCAAUAUCCUACUCUGCAUGUUUGCUUCAAGGCUUUUUUGUACACCUGAAUGGUGGAGCAUCUUAUCUUAUCCUCACUGCUAUGGCCUAUGACAGAUUUAUCGCUAUCUGCUGCCCGUUAAGAUAUGGAGCCAUUAUGACAACCAAUAACUUGGUGAAAAUCAUAACUGGGCUGUGGCUUUUUAAUUUUGCUGCUAUAAUUGUAGUUUUCUGUCUUCUAAUACCUUACAGGAUUUGCCAGACACACAUGACAGACCUUGUCUGCUAUAAGACAGCAUUAAUGAAACUCUUAUGCGAUGGCACAGAGGUGAACAAUAUCUAUGGGUUGUGUUGCAUAAUUUUUUACCAUGGCCUUUCGCUUUCUGUUGUGGCAUUUACAUACAUUCAUAUACUAAUCACAUGUGUUUCUAAUAAGCAGUCUGAUGCAAAGAUUAAGGCACUUCAGACAUGUGGUACUCAUUUGGUUGUCUUUCUUUUCUUAGAGUUUAACACUCUUUUUCCUCUUCUUGCACAUCGAUCUGAGAGUGUUCCAGCUCACCUACGCAGAGUGUUUUCUAUCUCCAAUUUUAUCUUUCCUCCUCUUGUUAAUCCACUUGUCUAUGGUUUUAAAACUAAAGAGAUCAGACAGAAAAUUCUCACCUGUUUCAAAAACAAAAUAAGCAGUGUCUGA